UGUCAACUUCAAAAAAAAAUCAAUUCACACCUAACACUAGUCACUAGCUAGCUAGCGCCACCACCAGCGGCAGCGAGAACCGGUGGCCGACGGCGGCUCAACUGGUGGCGAACGGACGGAUAUCCGCUGGGCGCGGCAACCACACCAUGGCGCUCUCAAAUGUCAAUGGCGCAGACGCACGCGUUGCACGGAUCUCCUCCACCAUUCGUGUUAUUCCCGAUUUUCCAAAACCUGGAAUUCUGUUUCAGGAUAUAACUACGCUGCUGCUCGAUCCUGAGGCAUUUAAGGAUACAAUCGAUUUGUUCGUUGAGAGAUACAAGGACAAAAACAUCAACGUUGUUGCAGGCGUUGAGGCGAGAGGGUUUAUUUUUGGUCCUCCAAUAGCAUUGGCUAUAGGGGCAAAAUUCGUUCCCAUGAGGAAGCCUAAGAAAUUACCGGGGGAGGUAAUAUCUGAAGAGUACACUUUGGAGUACGGAACUGACAAGAUGGAGAUGCAUGUUGGAGCAGUACAACCUGGCGAACAUGCAAUUGUUGUUGAUGAUCUCAUCGCUACGGGAGGGACCUUAGGUGCUGCGAUCCGCCUACUCGAACGCGCUGGAGCCAAUGUGGUCGAAUGUGCUUGCGUCAUUGAAUUGGCUGACCUGAAGGGCCGCGACAGAUUGGAAGACAAAUCACUCUUUGUUCUUGUCACCUCUACUUGAGGGGAAUGGAUAUUAUCUCGAUUCUUGACAGAAACUGCUAUUUCAUCCGGAUGGCUAAUCGAUAAGUUGUUUGUUUUAAGCUGCUUUUUUAUUCUCUCUUUCCCGGAAUAUAUAAGCUCAAAUUGAUAUCUGCAUUUCGUCUACAUGAACAUUUCUUGUGGAUGGACAAUGUCCAAACCUAUUUUAAAUCGAAACCAAACCGAUUCGAAUGUC